AUGCCUUCAUGGGACAACACACCUAGCGGUAAGAUGACCGCGGCCGUGCUAUCAUCGCCUGGUGCCAGCCCUCCGUCGAAAUGCUUCACGAUGGAUAAAGAGUAUCCCAGACCUACACUUCCAUCACCAAGCUGGGUUCUGGUAAAGGUCAAGGCCGCUGGCCUGAACCGUGCUGAGCUUCGUGGUCGAAAUGGUGAUGAACCAGCACCACCCGAGUUCGGAAUGUUUGUUGAUGAAUUUCAUCCUGACCCUCCAAAGAUCCUUGGUGAGGAGUUCGUGGGCACAGUCGAAGAAGCAGGCUCUGAAACCAAGUUCAACAAAGGAGAGCUGUGCACUGGAUUCAUCUACGGAGGAGGCAAAGCAUUUGAUGGAGCCUACGCUGAGUAUGUUAUCUGCCCGGCUCAACGUCUGUUCAGGAUACCACAGACUUCCCUAUCUUGGGAUGUGCUGGGUGCCAUCACGAUGUCCAUGUGGACAGCAUAUGGAUCCCUGUUCGAAGCAGCUCAACUCACUAAAGGCGCCACUGCCCUGAUCCAUGGAGCAACGAGCAGUGUCGGAGUCUGGGCGGUACUAUUAGCAAAAGAUCGCGGUUGCACUGUCAUCGCUACAACACGCAAGCAGGACAAGGCUGAGAAGUUAAAGGCUGUCGGAGCAGACCACGUCGUUCUCGAACACGAGCUCAAUGAACAACUGAAGAAGCUAGCACCGAAAGGCGUCGACUGUCUGCUGGAACUUGUUGGGCCGGAUACAAUUCAGUCCCUUGCCCUGCCGAAUCUGGCAAAACAUGGGUCGGUUGUGGUUACAGGUGUUCUGACUAAGCAAUGGGCUAUGAAGGAGUUUACACCUGCUCUUAUCCCGCCUACGCGCAAGAUGACUUUCUACAGUCUGGAGCCUGGGCAAGAAGAGGCUGAAGGUGUGGAAAGAAUUGUUGGAGAAGUAGUCAAGAAAGUGGAAUCUGGGACAUUCAAACCAGAGCAUUUCCUUGAUAAGACAUUUCCCUUGGAGAGGAUAGGCGAAGCACAUGAGUACAUGGAAGAUAGCAAAGCGGUCGGAAAGGUGGUCGUGACCGUUCCUUGA